UAGCCUCUUCCUAUAAAACCACCCACGCUAAACCUCGCUCUCUCAGCGUGAGCAAAACGAGCGAAAUAAAAUAGAAAUGGCUCCCUCGUACUGCGUGAAGGAGAGCAAACCCUGCGUCGGUUGGGUUCAGCGUUACUUGGAUGAUUGUCUCUGCGAUCUUAAAGAUGAAAUCUCCUUUUCCUUGGGCUUCAUCAGUCUCAUAUGCUGGGGAGUAGCAGAAAUUCCUCAGAUUAUCACCAACUUUCGAGCUAAGUCUAGCCAUGGUGUCUCCCUAGCCUUUCUCCUCACUUGGGUCGCUGGCGACAUGUUCAAUCUCGUUGGUUGUGUUCUGGAGCCUGCCACGUUGCCUACUCAGUACUACACAGCUCUGCUUUACACAAUCACUACGAUCGUGCUAGUACUUCAAAGCCUCUAUUAUGACUACAUCUAUAAAUGGAACAAGCGUCGUCGAAAUAUCAACAUCGACGAGGCCCAGGAAGAAGAGAAAAAACCUUUGAGACCCAAACCAGGGCCACAGUCAGGGAUUGCAAUACCAAAUGACGAACCCAAAUCAACGCCCCGACGGGAAUACUACUAUAGGUCAGCGAGAUCUCUGGCCGGUAAUGAUACUCCACCAUUUGGUACCUACUUGAGAGCUGCUAAAAGUGUCCCUUCGGCCAUGGAAAUGAACAAUGAUUCAUCCUCUGAUGAUGAGCCACCUCCACUUUCUUCCACCAAGCCUGUAACACAGCCUAGACCCAUCCCUCGAUCUGUCCCUGCAAGCUAUGGAACAUUUCUAGCAGCAUCUAUGAACUUGCCCCGGCAGGGUAAUGCUUUGAAGGAGGGAUACAUAAGAUUCAACGGAAGAAAGCUACUCUUGCAGAACUCAUCACAGGAGCAAAACAUGCACAGUGCCUUGGGUCAAUGGUUAGGAUGGUUUAUGGCUGUGAUCUAUAUGGGUGGCAGGCUCCCUCAAAUAUGGUUGAAUAUUAAACGAGGGAGUGUGGAGGGCUUAAAUCCUCUGAUGUUUCUCUUUGCAUUGAUCGCCAAUGCCACUUACGUUGGAAGUAUUCUUGUAAGAACUACCGAAUGGGAAAGCAUCAGAGCUAAUAUGCCAUGGCUGUUGGAUGCCAUAGGUUGCGUGGCAUUGGAUCUAUUCAUAAUUUUGCAGUACGCCAACUAUAGAUACAUUCGGAAGAAAGCAAGAAGUGAUGAUUCUGAUUACGGGAACUACGAGGAAGACAACAAAAGAUUCGUGUCUUGAUACGCCGAACUGUAACAACAUGUUAAUCUUUCCAAAACUGAAACCAUCGUAUAACACUUCUAUUUCACCAUAACAUUUAGCUAUUAGUAAAGGCGUGGUUAGAAUAUUGAAGUGGCCUCAUUAGGAAACGUGUCUAUUUUCACGUUAAUGUGAUAUAGGAAGCUGUCAAAGUUAUCAAUA